AUGUUUCCAAAAUUAAGCUUAAAAACUGUUGCUAGCAGUUUUGCUAGGCUGCCAGCAACAAGUUUUUUGAAAGUUACAAAAGCGCCUAUAGCAACGUCUAUAGUUAAUGGUAGAUCCUUCUUCACAGAUACAAAAUAUAAGUGUGGUAAAUGUGAAAGACAGAAGGAAAUAUCAAAAACUAUCAGAAUUAAGUUUGCCAAUAUGAACAGCGAAAACAGGGAAGUUCUUCCAACUAACGUGACUCCAAUUCACUAUAAUUUAUCUUUGGAACCAAAUUUUGAAACGUUUAAAUUUCAUGGUUUGGAAGAAAUUAAUCUGAAAGUCAACGACAAGACAAAUGAUGUCAUCACUUUGAAUAGCAUCGAGAUUGACAUUCAUAGUGCUAAGCUGGACGAUGUUGAACCUAAGCAGACGAAGUUUGACCAUGACAAACAAACUGUCGAAUUUGUGUUCCCUGAAGGUACUUUGGCCAAGAGUAAUGAUCCGACUUUGAAGUUGGAUUUCACCGGUAUUCUGAACGAUAAUAUGGCUGGCUUUUACAGAGCCAAGUACCAGGACAAGAAAACAGGCGAAACAAAAUAUAUGGCAACCACUCAGAUGGAACCUACUGAUGCAAGAAGAGCAUUCCCAUGUUUCGAUGAACCAAAUCUGAAAGCAACUUUUGGUAUUACAUUAAUAUCUGAUCCAUCUUUAACCCAUCUAUCCAAUAUGGAUGUCAAGAAUGAAACCAUCUCUGAAAGUAAGAAGGUCACUACUUUCAAUGAUACUCCAAAGAUGUCUACUUAUCUAGUUGCAUUUAUUGUUGCUGAGCUAAAUUAUGUUGAGAAUAAAGAAUUCCGUAUCCCUGUAAGAGUCUAUGCUACACCAGGAGAUGAACAUUUAGGCCAGUAUGCUGCUGAUCUAACGGCAAAGACACUAGCAUUCUUUGAAAAGACUUUCGGCAUCAAAUACCCUCUACCAAAAAUGGACAAUGUCGCAGUGCAUGAAUUUUCUGCAGGUGCAAUGGAAAAUUGGGGUUUAGUUACCUACCGUGUUGUUGAUUUAUUAUUAGAUGAAGAAAACUCUUCUCUAGACCGUAUUCAAAGAGUUGCCGAAGUAGUUCAGCAUGAGUUAGCGCAUCAAUGGUUUGGUAACCUAGUCACCAUGGAUUGGUGGGAAGGUUUAUGGCUAAACGAGGGGUUUGCUACGUGGAUGUCUUGGUACUCUUGUAAUGAAUUUCAACCAAGUUGGAAUGUCUGGCAACAGUAUGUCACUGAUACUUUGCAGCAUGCUCUUUCUUUAGACGCUUUGAGGUCAUCCCAUCCAAUUGAAGUCCCAGUGAAGAGGGCAGAUGAAAUCAAUCAAAUUUUUGAUGCAAUUUCAUAUUCUAAGGGUGCUUCUUUAUUAAGAAUGAUCUCUAAAUGGUUGGGUGAAGACGUCUUCAUUAAAGGUGUCUCGAACUAUUUGAACAACUUUAAAUAUGGGAAUGCAAAGACUGAUGACUUAUGGGAUGCUUUGGCUAAAGCUUCUGGUAAAGAUGUUCGUGGUGUCAUGAAUAUUUGGACCAAGAAGGUAGGCUUUCCUGUCAUUUCUAUCGAAGAAAAUGGCUCUGAAAUUCAAUUUACCCAGAACCGCUAUCUCACUACUGGUGAUGUAAAGCCGGAAGAAGAUGAAACUUUAUACCCCGUAUUUUUGGCAUUGAAGACAAAAUCUGGUGUUGAUAAUUCGUUGGUGUUGUCGGAGCGUUCCAAGGCAGUUACUAUUGAUGACUCAUCGUUCUACAAAGUCAACACAGACCAAUCCGGUAUCUUCAUUACAGCGUAUCCAGAAGAUAGAUGGGAAAAGUUUGGCAAACAAUCUGAUUUGUUGUCAGUAGAAGACCGUACAGGUCUUGUCGCUGAUGCAAAGGCCCUUUCAUCUUCUGGCUACAUAAACACUACAAGCUUCUUCAAAUUGAUUUCUAACUGGAAAGAUGAGAAAUCUUUUGUUGUUUGGGAUCAAAUAAUCAUCAGUCUUGCAUCAUUGAAGGCUGCAUGGCUUUUUGAAUCCCCCGAAGUGAAAGAUGCUUUGGAAGCCUUCUCCAGAAACUUGGUAGCAGACAAGGCAAAGACAUUAGGUUGGGAGUUUAAGGAAUCCGACUCUUUUGCUACUCAACGUUUGAAGGUUGCUUUAUUCGGAGCUGCAUGUGCCGCUAGAGAUGAGGUUGUUGAAAAGGCAGCAUUAGAUAUGUUUGAAAAAUACGUCAGUGGAGACAAGAAGGCAAUUCCAGCACUAAUUAAACCAUCUGUAUUUAAUGCAGUUGCUAGAAAGGGUGGUAAGGAUAACUAUGAAAAGAUCUUUAAUAUUUAUAAGAACCCUGUUUCCACUGACGAAAAAUUGGCUGCCUUAAGAACUUUGGGUAGAUUUAAGGAAGCAGAUCUACUUGACAGAACAUUGGGCUAUCUGUUUGAUGGAACUGUCUUAAACCAAGACAUUUACAUCCCAAUGCAAGGUAUGAGAGCUCACAAAGAAGGUGUCACUGCUUUAUGGAAAUGGUUACAAGAAAACUGGGACGAGAUUGCGAGAAGAUUACCACCUGGCUUAUCUAUGCUGGGUUCUGUUGUUGCUAUUUCUACUUCUGGAUUCUCUUCAUUAGAAGCUGUUGAUGAAAUCAAGACAUUCUUCAACACUAAGUCAACCAAAGGUUUUGACCAAAGUUUGGCUCAAUCUCUUGACACUAUUACCUCUAAAGCCCAAUGGGUUGAUAGAGACAGAGAAUCCAUUUCCAAGUAUUUGUCAGAUAAUGGUUACAUGUAA